CAUGCGUCCAAUCAAAUUAGACAAUUCGGGUUCUAAAUUGAAAGAUGGACCAAUCAUAUUCUCAGAAACGUGUAAAGUGCUCGGUUUGAUUCAGCCUCCUACGUUACCGUAGACACUUCGGUUCACGGCCCUCUUUUAAAGUUCCUGGGGGAAGAGUGGAGGGACUCGGAGAAGCCGAAGGAAAGAGGCCAAGCUUGAGCAAGGGGAUAACAAUUUUCACAGUAUUCACCCCCAGGAGGACUAGCGUAUAACCGAAGACAAGCUAAGGUGCAACACGGAAAACCAAGGUCUUGACUACCCGAGAACGUCAGAAAAUAAAGAAAAUGGCGGAGCCAGACAAAUUAAACAUCGACUCUAUAAUUCAGCGUCUCUUGGAAGUCAAGGGCUCUCGACCAGGGAAGAAUGUCCAGCUGACCGAGGGCGAGAUCCGUGGCCUUUGCCUAAAGUCCCGUGAAAUCUUCCUGAGCCAGCCAAUCCUGCUUGAACUAGAGGCUCCCCUCAAAAUCUGUGGUGAUGUCCAUGGUCAGUACUAUGAUCUGCUCCGGCUGUUUGAAUAUGGAGGCUUCCCCCCAGAAAGCAACUACCUGUUCCUGGGUGACUAUGUAGACCGAGGGAAGCAGUCACUGGAGACUAUCUGCCUGCUUCUAGCCUACAAGAUCAAAUAUCCAGAGAACUUUUUCCUGCUGCGUGGAAACCAUGAAUGCGCCUCUAUUAAUCGAAUCUACGGCUUUUAUGACGAGUGUAAGCGACGGUAUAACAUUAAACUGUGGAAGACCUUUACAGACUGCUUCAACUGUUUACCUGUGGCUGCCAUUGUAGAUGAGAAAAUCUUCUGCUGUCAUGGAGGCCUCUCUCCUGAUCUUCAGUCUAUGGAGCAGAUCCGCAGAGUAAUGCGACCCACAGACGUGCCUGACCAGGGUUUGCUGUGUGACCUGUUGUGGGCUGAUCCAGACAAAGAUGUGCUGGGCUGGGGUGAAAACGACCGUGGUGUCUCCUUCACAUUCGGGGCAGAUGUGGUUGCCAAAUUUUUGCAUAAACACGACAUGGACCUAAUAUGCAGGGCGCAUCAGGUGGUAGAAGACGGUUAUGAGUUUUUUGCAAAGAGGCAACUUGUCACCUUAUUCUCUGCUCCCAACUACUGUGGAGAGUUUGACAACGCCGGUGCCAUGAUGAGUGUGGAUGAGACACUCAUGUGCUCCUUCCAGAUUCUGAAGCCAGCAGAUAAGAAAUUGUAUCCUUAUGGCACAGGAGGAAUGGGAUCUGGGAGACCGGUCACCCCGCCGCGAAAUUCAGCCAAGGCCCCCAAGGCCAAGAAAUAACAGACGCUGGAUCCCCCUCCCACAACCUGCCACCUUUCUCUCUGCCCAACACUUUUCGUUCUUUUUUUCCCCUCUACCUCCCCAGACUGGGUUUUCCCUUGUCACCAUACGGCAGCAAAGCAGACAAGUGUCUGGGGUUCAAUCAUGUUUUUUUUCCUCUCUAAAACAAUUUUUAACUGUUUGUUUGGCUGUUGGCGUGCUUUUUUUUUGUGUGUGUGUGAGAGUGUGUAAAGAAAGCGAGAAUGAUACAGAGGAAAUUGCUGUAUUCUGUUUGUAUGUUUAUUUUUCUUCCUCUUGUACCCCCUGUUCUGUUUUUCUGUUGUAAAGAUGGGUUUUUUUGCUCAUCUGUGAUGUAAUGUCAAACCUGCGUGCAGGGGAGGAAGGGGAAAGAGAGAG